GUGUCUUGGAGACGGUGAAGAAUGUGAUUACUAUGGUGACAGGAGAAAGAAAGAGUUGUCUGCACGGGUGCCUGUUCAAAAACCUAGAGCAUUUAAACAAUUAUCUUGUAGAAAGAAACAUCUGAUGAGAGGCCGUGCCUGUUGGUGUUUGAGUCGACCUCGUAACAAAACAUCCAGGUUCUGUCUGACCGAAAUGUGAGCGUCUGCUGGUCCUGGAUCGAAUCGGGGCUGGCUGUGGACGGUGGAGGCCCGAAUCUCCCAGCUUUUUGUAAGGAAAAAAAAUCAGCAUGAAGGAAGUGGAUUAUGUUAAUACGAACAGCACUGAUAGUGUGUCUUUAGAGGACAAAGUGCGGAUAAAACAGGUCGGAGAUCAUCAGCCGCAGGAUGCUGGCAGAAAGCGAGCCGCAGAUGUCCACCAUCUUUCAUUGAACAAAGAAGAGGUUCCUUGGAGUCCCAGUUUGGAAGAGCAAGACCCAGAGUCCUCCUUCGUCAAGGAAGAACUGGAGAAAAGUUGCAUAAGUCAAGAAGAAGAGCAGCCAGAUGGAGGGGAUGAGAGUGACUACAUCAACUUCCCACUCAAUGUUAUUGUGAAGACUGAAGAAGACGACGAGGAAGCACCAGAGUCGUCACAGCUUCAUGAAACUCCAACUGAUGACCCUAGAGAGGUAGAGCGUCCAACUACCAGUUCCAUUAAAUGGAUAAAAACUGAAGCUGAUGGAGACUGUGGACAACUGGAACUUGUCUGGAAGCCUGGUCCCAAACGUUUCAAAAGAAGUUCAGAGAGAAAGGCUGGAGAUUCCUCUGAGACUGAUGUCAGUGAAGAUGAUGGUUAUGAUUAUUGGCAGCAACCUUUGACAGACAAAGAAAGUAGCUGGAAGGGAAGCAGUUCAGUUAAUCCGAAAAGUUCUGAAGCGAUGCCAAAACCACUUUUACAGACCAAAGCCCAUGUAGGGAAGAAAAACUUUGGCUGCGAUGAAUGUGGCAAAACAUUUAGAGAUCAGUUCAGUCUUAAAUCUCAUAUCAGAGUCCACACUGGAGAGCAGCCGUUUGUUUGUGACGUUUGUGGGAAAAGAUUUAAGCAUCAGCAUGACGUGAAGAAACACAUGAAAGUCCACUCAGAGGAGCAGCCAUUUGUUUGUGAGGUUUGUGGUAAAAGAUUCAAGCAUCAGCACAAUCUUAAGACACACAUGAGAAUCCACACAGGGGAGAAGCCUUAUGUUUGUCCAAUCUGCGGUAAAACAGCAAGACACCAGAAUAAUUUGAGAACACACAUGAUAGUCCACGGAGGAGAACAGCCAUUUAGUUGUGAUAUUUGUGGUAAAAAGUUCAACCGACAGACAAAUCUUAGGGCACACAAGGCGGUCCACACAGGGGAGAAACCACACAGCUGUGAGAUCUGUGGUAAAAGCUACAAACGUAGAACCCACCUUAGGGGUCACAUGACCACCCACAGUGAGGAAAGGCCUUUUGGUUGUGACGUUUGCGGUAAACGAUUUAACCGUAAAACAUAUCUCCACACGCACAUGGUGGUCCACACAGGUGAGAAGCCUUACAGCUGUGACUUCUGUGGUAAAAGUUUCUCCCGGAAAACUCAUCUGGAUUCACACAUCUCCGUUCAUAUGGGAGGGCAACCUUACGGUUGCCCUGUCUGUGGCGAAGAGUUUCCCCAACAGCAAAGUUUAGACCGGCAUAUGCCUUUACACUUCAUAUAAGUAUUCACGUGCAAGCAGUGUCUAUAUGAAUAUAGAAUUAUGUUUAUUCCUGGUGCUCUCCCAGCUACAUUGAUUUAACUCUGCUGUCAGUUCUGUGCACCAGGUAAAGAAGGACCAAUUACAUAAUUGUAAAACAAUAAAUCAGAAAGAUUUAUAAGGAAUUAACUGAAUAGCUAUCUAUAAGCCUAAAGUGGCUUUAAAGUGUAACUCACAUCGAUGUAAAAGCAUAACCCCACCACCACAAAUUUUGAAACACGCCACCAAAGUGGGCAAUGCCAAGAGACCCUUAGGGCCAGGGCUAAGUGUGGGGAUUGGCAGUGGGGCGAGUUAAGCGGGGCUGUUGUCAAGACAAGGGGAAGUGACACCUUGAAACAUGAUGGACAGUGACCAGGGGGAUGCUGGUAGUUUUGCUACAGAUUGGUAUUUUGAGAUGGACAAAUUUUCACCCCCUCAUCACUGGAGAUUGAGAAGGCUUUGUGGAGCCCAGCAGGCCUGAGCUUUAUCAAUUUGAGCAAAUGGAUUAAGGCGCUGACUCAGCGAUGCCCGAACAAGGACAUAAUGUGUGCAGUUUCUGAGCGUUAAAGUGAUGUUAGCAGCAUAAUUGCUAACAUGAACUAACAUUCAAAGCAUUAACGCUAAACAAUAUUGAACAAUGCUCCUAAUGUUCACAGCUCCAACUCCUGAGUCUGACUCGCCAAGAGAAUGUCUGACUGAGAUGCUUUUAUACCCAAACGCGGGGCUAUGAUGCCAAAAAGCAUGUACCAGUAACGAAUGCAUGUACCAUCUGGACCAAUAGGAAAAAUCAACUACAAUUGCCACUGUUCAACCGUAAGAGGGCAGCACUAAGAUAGUUUUAAGACAAUUUUUGCAGAAAUAGACAAGUAAACAUGAAAAUGUAAAACUAAAAUGCACAGUAACAUAAAAAAAACACCAUAAGCCCAGUUUAUACAGUUCAUCUGCAAAAAUGUUGAUGUUGGGGUGAGUUACAUUUUACGUAAGUGGCUGGAGGUGCAUCACCUUUUCAACAGCUUGACAAGUCUUUUUAUGUUAGUAUAUGAAUAUUCAUUUAUUUAUUGAGUGCUUUGAAACAUCCAAAAUAAGGAGAUCAAAACACAAGACAAUAAAAUUAUAACACUCAAAAAGAUAACAGAAAACAAAAUAAUUUAGUCUGAAAAGAAUGCGCUAAGGAACAUUAAAAGGACCAAAAAAACUGGUGAGCCUGGUGACCCCAGUGUUUAAGCUUUAUCCUUGGAACAUCCAAUAAAGCUGACUAGCUGACCUCAAGGUCAUGCCACACACAGAGACAUCUAAAAAUGGAGAUAAAUAAGGUACAAUGUCAUUAAGAAAUUUGGAAAGAAACAGUAAAAGUAUAAAAUCAACAGGAAACCAGUUCAUAAAAUAUAAAACAUGUGGUUUGUGCAUGUGAGGAGGUAUUAUUUAAAAGACAGAUUAGCUGAAGGAGAUUUACCCUCAACUGGGAGACACCAACGGCAUUACAAUAGUCGACUGGUGCUAAUAAAAGCAUGAAUGAAUGACCUUCUUCAAGUCAAGACAAUUAAAAAAACUUAACUUUGGCAAAAAUACACAGCUGAAAAACCACCAAUUCACAACAUGUAAUCUCAACGCACUUUACAAAGUCAAUACAGUCCAAUCAUACAGACAAUUCAAACCACUGACAUUUGAAUUGGCUGCCAAAUAAAAUAGUGGUUUGUUCUUUUCAAACAGACAAACUAAAAAUGUUGGCCUAACCACAGCAAUAAAACAGUUUACAGCAGUAAUGCAAUCCAGUAGAGAAAGGAGAGCAUUACUGCAACGUGGCUACAAAGAUGACAAAUUUUUUUGGGAUCAUCAGCGUAGCAGUGGAAGGAUAACUGAUGCUGGGUUAUAAUAGCUCCAAGUGGCAGCACUUUUGUAAAGUGAAAUUACAAAAGGGCCAUCAAUGGAGCCCUGCAGAAUCCCAAAUUAAAGCACUAGAAGACGUAGAAUCCUUAAUCAUGACAGAGAAAGUUCUGUCUGAUAAGAUGUGAACCACUACUGUGCCUGGCCACAGAUACUGACAUAGUGGUUCAAAACAAGAGCCACAAUAGACUUUUGAUCAAUAGACAUAGCUAUGUCAUUAUGUACUUUUAAUAAAAACCUGGGAAGAAAAUGUAAAAUUUAAAUUGUCUUACAAUUAGACAAAACCAAGAAUGGGUUUAACAACAGCAUGUUUAAAACCAUUCGGCAUGGUUCCUGAGCAAAGACAAAAGGAAGGCUCGGCCAGCGGUAAUAAAAAUGUACAAUCCUAUCUUAAAUAGAAAAAGACUCUGGUUCAAUCUGUUCAAAUACAGCAGAAACAAUAGAGAGAUCCACUGUAGUGGACGAGGCAGGGAUGUGUCUAACAGAUGCCAAUUUGUCUAUAAAAAAGGAAAGAAAAUCAUUACACAUGGAGACAGAAUAUUAUUAAUUUUCUUUUUUUUACGUGUCCUGUCUGUUAGUGUAGCAACCAAGAAUUGCUUUCUUAGUCCCAAAGAGAGCCCAACAGAUCUACUUUCACAAGUUGAGCAUUAUUGCUUUCGCUCCGCUUGAUAUGUAUGCAAAAGCUUUAGUUUAGGAGAUUAUUUUGGGAUUAUUUCAAAUUCAGUGGACACAGCAACGCAAAGAAAAGAGAAAGAAAGAAAGGAAGUGCGAAAGGUGAGGCAAACCGUUAAAAGGGAGAGAAGGUAACAAAAAGUAGAGAAUAUUAUUCAUUUUUAAUGAAGGAUUUCACUGAAAUGUCAACUUUUUUUUAUAUAUAUAAGUGUGCUUAAAAAAACCCACAAGUGUUUUUGCUUGGGGAAAUUUUCCUGCUCACCUGGUGUCAUAGGGUCAUAAGAGCAGACAGGAGAUGGCUAAACAACAAAGCUGGACUAAGCUAGUUUGAAGGUGAUCUGAUUGCUUUGCUUUGUUAGCCAAAGAGCUCUGGAUAUAUGCUGAUGUGGAUUCUGAAGUGUUUUCAUCCAGUCACAUGGCCUUCUUGCCUGAGCCCUGACAGAGAAAGCAUUCCUACUCCACGAAGUUCUGCUUUAUAUGUCCGAGCCAGAACACGACUCUCAUAGUCCAUGAGCCACUGUGGACAACAACAUGGGUCCAGAGGCUGAAACAAGCGAUGACGAAGAUGAUUAUCGUCUUCACACCAGUUUUUUUAUUUGAUAAAAUUGUGUGCAUGUUUGCAACUUUUAACACCUUAUUCUGCUGUUUUCUUAUUUGUUAUGUGAUAACUGUUAUACGGUCUAAAUACAAUUCCCUUGUUAUUAUACAGCAAUAUACACAACAUAUAUGCAUAUCAUCGUGUAUUUGAUGCACAGGUUAAACACACUAAGUUCAUAAACAAAGCAAAGGACUUUGAUUUUAGGGCUUAUUUGCUACAACACACCCAGCUGUCCAUGCUGUGGUUAAAAUGCACCUUGUGCCGUCGUGGAGGGACUCGGAAGUUCGUAAACAGGUCUCAGUAGGACCUGUAGAUAGCACUUGGAAAUCAAUUCGCCCAUCCCUAUCUGCCCCGUUCCUCUUUAUGUCCCGCUUUCUGUUGCCAAAUUUUUGCUAAAACUUAUCAUUCACGUUUUUUUGUUUGUUUGUUUGUGUGCCGAAAACGAAUUAAGUGCCCUAAAUAAAAAGUCUGUAUUCAUUUAAACUUUAUGCAUUCAUAUACUAUACUUAGCACUGGCAUAGCAAACAAAUUACAAAAACAAAUUAAAGUAUUAGGCUUAUGAGUUUAAACUAAUUAAGGGUGGGAAUUUGGGGGAGACCUGUUAUGUUACUUUAGUCUCCAUUAUAGAGCAGCAGCCAGUAAUUAUUUACCCACCAGCAACCCCAGUAAUGUAUUGCUAUGAACUCCUGCAAAUGAUAUUAAUAAAGAAUCUGAUUCAUGACUGUUUCAGUCUGAAUUUGUUGAGAUUUUCAGCUACUUUGUUAGUAUCCUCCCCCAGUCUGAGUAAUAAAUCACUACAUUAGUUCAUGUAGCCAGAUUGUGCUGCUGUGACGUUGUGUUGGUCCGUAACAGGAAGGUAUUCAUGCUGAAAUACAAGCCGCUGUGGUUUUAAUUUUGUAUGAUCUGAAUACGGUCUUCAAAUUACAAUAGUUUAUGAUAUGAGCUUAACAUGAUCACAGCAAUUUUAAUGUUAUUUAUAAAAGACAACCUUGUAUUUAAAUGUAUGUACUGCUCUAAUUUCAGCUUCUGUGUGCUGUUUUCUUGUUGCUUCUGCUUGAUGAGAAAAGUUGGAUUUAAACAGAUCAGCUGUGUAUUCACUUCAUUAGGUUUUGUAACAUUAUUGCUUGAUUAUUCCAGACAUUCAAUGUUUCUUUUUUUUCUUGUCUGUUUUGAACUAUUAAACUGGUUUAACAAACUGUAA